AAACUUAAAUAUUGCCGCGAGCACCUCGCACCUAGUGCGUGACAGACAGGCAGUCCUCACGGGCCUCGCAAACGGGAAGGUGGCGCCGACCGAAAAAGCCACCGAAGCUUUUUCCAACCCCUUUUGUACCAAGAUCGCCUUCCUCCUCCCUUCUUCAACCCCCAGUCUCCCCUAUGUCCGCAACGAAGCCCCUCGUUAAGCCCUUCCUCUUCAUUCUACCACUCUCUCUCCUCCUCCUCCUCCUUCCUCUGUUAUCCCGCCCAACACUCCACCCCACUCUCACCCGCCAGCUAUCUCCCUCCUCCAUCCUCCAGAUACGCCCCGGCUUCCGCUCCUACGACGAUUACCUAAACCUACAGCUCAACAAGACUCUCAACCCUCGCCUCAGACACCUCUGGGCCACCCGCGACUGGAACCGUAAGAUCGCCGUUUUCUCCCGCUUCUUCGUCAAGCUUCAGGAACGGGCAUUUCUAUCAAACACCUCGCGCGCGCUCUGCAUCGGGGCACGGAUCGGCCAGGAGGUCGCGGCGCUGCGUACGAUUGGGGUCGCUGAUUCGAUCGGGAUGGAUCUGGUGGCAUCGCCGCCACUGGUUGUUCAGGGAGACUUCCAUUCCCAGCCAUUCGAAGAUCAUUCGUUCGAUUUCGAGUUUUCGAAUGUUUUUGAUCAUGCGCUUUACCCGGACCGCUUUGUGGGGGAGAUCGAGCGAACUCUUCGACCUGGUGGCGUUUGCGUUCUCCACGUCGCUCUCACCCGACGCGCUGAUCGCUACUCUGCUAACGACCUGUACGCUAUCGAGGGCGUCACUGUGCUCUUUGUGGAGUCUGAUCUCGUCCGCGUUCGUAAGAUCGAUGGAUUUGGCCUCGAUACCGAGCUUGUUCUACGCAAGAAGAGGCGCCUCAGACUCCUCAUUUCUUCUAUUCUCGGUUCUGCGAUUCUUUUAUUAGUAUCAAAGCCCUCUAGCCUCACAACAUUAUGGAUUCAAACUCAUCUGAAUCAAUUCAAGAAGGUCAUCAACUUGCAAUGGCUCACAGUAGAUUCAAAGAGAUAAGUAUAACUUCUACUUUGAAAUUUUUGAUGUCUCAAAUCAAGAACGCGACUUGCACAUGCUUGACCCAAGAUAACUGCCCUGUUUGGAAAAUUCAAAUAUCAAAAUUGCUUACAACAAACGGGUUUGAUUCUUUUUUAGACACCAAGGUGUCUCGUCCCCUAAGAUUUGUUCCAUAUACCAGUGGAGCAGUCUUUGAAAAUCAAGAGUACCUCCUGUGGCAAAUGGUGGACAGGAAUUUGGCUGCAGCAAUAUUUCUGUUAUUUCUCCUUCAAUCCUCCCCUUAUUCUUCAUCUGAAUACUGCAACAAAAGUUUGGCAGACUUUGAAAAAAAGAUUCCAGUCAUCCAAUAGAUCCCGAGUCAUUCAAGUAAAGAAUGAACUCCAUAACAUUAUGAUGGAUCAAGUAAAAUGGCUCAAUAUUCAACCAUGAUCAAGAAUCUAGUAGAUAACAUUGCAACAGCAGGUUCUAAAGCGGAUACAAAAAUCAUUUUUUAUACGUUGACUAACUCCAAGUUAUCAAAGAUUCAAGACGAUUAUCCGCACAAAUUUACAACCACUCUCUCUAGAAGAUUUCUAUGCUUUGCUGCACAGUGAAGAAUGUAAUAUCGCAAAUAAAACCACAAGAAUUACACAACAUGCUAUGCUCAGUUUCAAACACAAAAGAGGAUAUAACAAUGCAAGAACGUUCACAAAUAAUAGAACAAAACAACAAUAAUACUCCACCAACAUCUCAGUCAAGCCAAGAAACACCAUUAUAUGUCAGAUAUGCAACCAAAAAGGGAAUUCGGCCAGCCAACGCUGACACAGAGCAAACUUAGAAUAUAAAACGUCUUCAAACUCACCAUUAGCUGCCCUCACAACACGAGCUACAUCACAGAUGCAAGAAUGGAUAUUGGAUAAUUGGGCCAUGACACAUCUUACACCCAACAUGGAGCAAUUGGAAUCAUCGCAGCCAUAUAAAGGAAAGCAGGUGAUAGUAGGCAACAGAAAAAUGUCAGAAAUAACUUACGUGUCAUUCUUCCCACCCUGAGCAUAAGUUAACUUUCUCUCCACUAUUUCAAGUUCCCAAACUAUCACAUAAUUUAAUUUUUGUUAAUAAAUUGGCUAAGGAUAAAAACCACACUAUCAUUUUUUAUGCUAACCAGCUUCAAAUCCAGGACAACAACACCAAGAAGCCUCUUCUAAUUGGACCAACUGAUCAAGGUUAUAGUCUAUCACAGCUCUUCAAACCACUGCAACCUCUACAACAUGGCAUCAAAGACUUGGACAUCCAUAUAACAAAGUCCCGUCUAUGAUAUCUCAUGUUUAUCCUCAUCUCAAUAUUCCUGCAUCUACGUUUAAAUGUUUUGAUUGCUAUCAAAAUAAAUGCCAAAAACUACCUUUUCAAACAGUAACAGUACUUAUUGUAAGCUUGAAGGGACACUCUCGGAUGCGUGGGGGCCUUUUCCUCAUCCUUCAGUUGAAGGAUAUAAAUAUUAUGUCACUUUUAUUGAUUCUUU